UUCAGAUCUUUUACCGUUCAAAUCCACUCUCUGAAUUCUAUUUUCUAAAUAAGAUCUUAAAAGACUAAGAGCAUUUUUUUUAAUACAAUAAUGGUGCGAUUUGUUCAUAAGCGUUUCAUGACAUACACAAUCAAAGGCUUCGGACAACUCACAAAACACGCCCAGAGCAUCCUGUGAAUUCUCCCAAGCCUCGAAUAUAUUUUUUAGUAAUUCCACACCUGCAUCUGUAGUAGACCGACCUUUAGUAAAACCAAAUUGUUUCGUAUGAAACAAGCGGUGUUUAUUAAAAUGAACUAACAUUUGAUUUAAAAUUAACUUCUCAAAAAUUUUGCUCAGAGUGGGCAAAAUUGAGAUAGGCCGAAAGUUUGUGGGAUCGGUUGUACUACCUGAUUUAAAGAGUGGAAUAACCUUACUCAACUUCAUUAAAUUUGGAAAAACACCGGAAGUGACACAAGAGUUGAACACUACUGCCAGAUAAGGGGAGAUGGAUUUAAUUAUUGAAGACACAAUAUGUACAGACAUUCUCCAGAGAUCAGCAGUCUUUUUUACUUCUAUUUGUCGAAAUGACUCAAAAACAUCUUUGCUACUAACAAUUGUAAAUUCAAAUCCCGUGCCACAUUCCUCUACACAUUCCUUGAGUAUCGAUAAUGCGGCGGUUUGAGACGACAACAAGGUCUUAGUUGUUGCAAUUGGAAUAUUUGUAAAGAAAUUUUCAAACUCUGUUGCCACCUCCAUAUCCGCCCUUAUAUCAACAUCAUUAAUUUUAAGGUGAAAGUCUGUUUUGUUUCACAGAAGUUCUCCCGGUUUCUGAGUUUAUUAUAUUCCAAGUAGUUUUUAUUUUAUUUCCAGAAGACGAAAUUUUAUUUUUAAUGUACAAGGAUUUUGCGAAGACGCAAGCUUUUUUAAAAGUCUUUGAAUAGUUUUUUACAUAUUUCUUAAAAUUUUCACUAUGAUUGUGUUUUUUUUCCUCAUACAAUUCAUAUAAUCUAAGUCUGCUUUUAAAAAUCCCUGGUGUUGCCCAAUCACUGAAUGUAAACCGAUCACAUACCGAAAGCGAUCUUGGGGUAAAAACCUUCCUAAAUUCUGAAUUUACUAAGUUAAAAAGAAUAGAUUAAGCUUGAUCUGGGUUAUCGUGGAAGGGCAAACCAGACAAUUUUUCAAUUAAAUUCAAAUUAAAACAUUCUAAACGAUAUUUAGACACUGGAAUAUAUUUUAUAGUUUUGCGCUGAAUUUCAAACAUCUUUGUAGGAUAUGAGACUAACUGGCCGCAGUGACCAGACUCGAGUGUAUUAAUAAUGGAUUUAAAAGAUGGUUUAAAAUUUUUAAAAAUGUUAUCUAUACAAGUUGCACUACUGGCAGUUAUUCUCGUUGGCUCAAGGAAUGUCCUAUGUAAAUUAUAGAUCUAAAUAAAGUUAAAAAAUUAUUCACAAUAGAAUUGUUUUCUAAUAGGCUAAUGUUAAAGUCUCCACAGACAACAACCGUUUUAUUAACACUGGAAAUUUUUAACAAGGCUUUUUCAAGGAUUUUUCAAAUGUGUCAUAUAAAGCACAUGGGGGCCUGUACACACUCAAUAUGAGGAACUGCUCAAGCUCAAUACAUGCCAUCUCUGCAACUCGGUCAACAGAUAGGCCUACAAUGUCUUUGCGUUCUUUAAAUUUAAGAUUUUUGUUUACAAUAAUUAAUGAGCCUCCACGUAUCAAACUCACUCUGCUGAACGAGCUGGCCACCCGAUGGUUGUUGAAGCUGAAGAUGAACUGUUGGUCUUUUAACCAAUGUUCAAUAAUACAUAAAAUAUCAAUGCAGUUACAUUUCAUGAACUCCAGUUCCUUACCCAUCAAACCCUGAAUGUUCUGAUGAAAAAUGUUCACAAUACGUUUACUAUUAGUUUUACUAAUGUCAUUCAGUGACCUUGAUGGAUCAGACAACAUUGCUUACUGCAACUGAACAGGCGCUACCCCUAUCGUCCUCCGAACCCAACCUUAGCCUCAAGCCGGACUCUAUUAUUGAUGAUAUCUCGCCAAACGUAACUUUUCGCAAUGUUAAACGCAAGCGCUCGGAGGAUAGUGGCGAUAGCAAAAUGACAGAUUUUAUGUCCAAUAUGACAAAACUGUUUCACGAGUUUACACUUCAGCAAGAUGAGAAAUAUGACAAAUUGCUGUCCGUUACUAACGCUAUACAAGACUCCUGUGACCAACUGGCCAUAAAGUAUGUUAACCUCAGAGCGCAUGUGGAUAAGAUAGAGUCCGAGCAUAGGGAGAAUUUGGCACACAUAACUGAGCUUAAACAAAAAUUAGACAAUAUGGAACAAACUUCAAGAUCAACAUACAUCGAGAUACGGAAUUUAUGGACGGAGCGUAUGGACGCUUUAGAAGCUAGAAUGAGUAAAUUAGAGGCUAACUCAAAAGAUAAGUUGGAUACUAAGACUUUAGAGGAGAAAAUUGAUCAUCUUCAGUAUGAAUUGCAAGAGAGAGAACAGGAGCUGUUGGCAAGCGACAUCGAAAUAGCAGGAAUACCUGAAACCCCAGGGGUAGGUGUAACCCACCUAGUGCUUACGGCUGCAAACAAGCUCGGCGUGCAGCUGGAGGAGAAAGAUAUUGUGCAUGCGGAGCGCGUCGGAGCGCCUCGGGCUCUCGUCGAAGGUGGACCCGCCCCACGCCCAAGGAAUAUUGCCGUUAGAGUGGCUCGCCGCGUGACCCGCAACGCGCUUUUGAAGGCAGCGCGAGUCAGGCGUGGUGCUACGACAGCUGAUAUGGGAAUAGCCGGACAGCCAUGCAAAUUCUACGUCAACGAAAGACUGACCAAAUUAAAUCGUCAUCUAUUCCAAAAGUCUCGAGAGAUUGCCGGCCGUCUAAAAUGGCGCUUUGUGUGGACUCGAGAAGGAAGAGUCUUUGUGAGAAAAGAGAACGGCUCAACACGUCACCGUCUGCGCACAGAGGCAGAUUUAAUUAAGGUUUUUAGUAGUAAUAACGUUAGCUCAGAGAUGUAG